GGUUAAACAGCAAAGUGCUAGAGUAAUGGAAGUAGAGUAAAUAUUGUUAGCGCCUCUCUGGUCUCUCUCUCUCUCUCUCUCCCUCCCUCAACUAUUUCUUUCUCAGAUAUUGUUGCUUUAUUUAGGAUCCUUAACAUAGUCCAUCCCAAUUUUGUUCCCUCACGUUGUUAUUAGCUAGGUUGAGGAGUCAUAUACAAUGGCUGUUUGCACCCCAAAGUUAUUCUUCCCGACUUUGAAGAAUCUGAAGACAAAUUGCAUUUUGACUUCGAUGAGGCUUAAUCUCCCGAAAAAACACGACGUUGAAAAGUUUGCUAAAAAGAAGUACGACGGUUUCUUGAAUUUUCGGGGAGAGGAUACUAGGAACAGCUUCACAUCCCAUCUGUAUGAAGCUUUAGAGAGCAGUGGGCUGACAAUUUUUAAAGACGAUGUGAGUCUCAGAGUAGAAACUGAGAUUUCUACCCAACUUUUAGAGGCCGUUGAAGUAUCAAGAACGGCUAUCCCUAUUUUUUCUGUAGAUUAUGCCUCAUCACCUUGGUGCUUGGACGAACUCGUAAAGAUUAUGGAAUGCAAUAAGAAGUAUGAGCUAUCUGUUGUGCCAGUAUUUUAUGAUGUGGAUCCAUCUGAUGUUCGACACCAAAGGAAUACUUUGGCCAAUUCAUUUGCUAAACUCAAUGAGAAAUACAAGGACCAACCGGAAAGGGUGAAGAGAUGGAAACAAGCCUUAACUGAUGCUGCCAACUUAACUGGGAUCGACGUCAGAAAUAGUGGACGAAGUCAACUCAAGAGAUAUAUUACGAUCUCUUUGUGGAUGUCAAGGUGAUGAAGAACUAGAAAAUCAGUAGAUGUGAAAAUAGAAGUUAUCUACAAGCUUCGUUGUGAGUUGAAAAGGAGGCAAUUGGAAUUGCUAAGAGUAGUGUGUACAAUGAAAAAACAAGGACAUAUUUGCGUUAGACAUGAUGAGUUUCGAAGGUCAGAUCGGGUUGGAUGGUAAAGCUUGUGUUCCAGGUUAAUAAAGACUACAAACUAGUACUGCUAACAAGAAGCUAACAAAGCGAGGCUGCUAAAGAAGAGCUUGUUCCGGUUCCGGAAAUGCUGAGCUUUAUCCGCUUCAAUUCAUUAAGGAAUGAAGCAAUGGUCAUCCAAGAAAUUGUUAAAGUGGUUGAGAGGGAGGUGACAAUCAUAAAAUCAACUGAAAUAAUGCAUCUCAGGGCAGUGGAAUUUCACAUGAAAAGGCUAGGAUGUCUAAGGAUAGGAUUUGAUGAAAAUGUUCGUGUUAUUGGGAUGUGGGGAGCCCCAAGAACGGGAAAGACUGCAACUGCAAAAGCCAUUUUUGACAUGUUUUCACACCACUUUGAAGGUGCAGUUUUUCUUCCAAAUAUUGGGGAAGUUACAAAGGAACAUGACCUUGUAUAUUUGCAAAAUGACCUCAUGAAAGAAACCUUCAAUUAUCAUGUUCAGGCUAAUGACAUAUUUGAAGGAACCAACUUGAUAAGAGAAAAACUUCAAUCUAAGAAGGUCCUCGUUGUUCUUGAUGGAGUUGAUCAUGUGAACCAGAUACGUGCUUUGGCUGGUUAUCAUGAUUGGUUUGGUAAAGGUAGUAGAAUUUUUGUAACAACUAGGGACAAGAAUGUGCUGCUACAACAUAAAAUGGAUGCAAUUUACGAGGUCAAAUUACAAGUGAGAAAUGAAGCCCUUCAGCUAUUAGAUAGAGUAACCAAAUUGGCUGAGGAAAAUACAGGCGUCCAUAUUUUUAGCAUCCUAGCCAGAGAAUUCAUACUUCUUCAAGUAAGGCUAUUCCUUGUGGAAUUUCUGUGGAGGAUCGUUCAUGGAGCUAUGAUGUCAUUCCUUGCGGCAACCACGGGAAUAUUACAGAAUGAUCUAAAGAGGGUCAUAGCUUAUUCAACUUGCAGUCAAUUAGGCUAUAUGAUCUUUGCUUGCGGCAUCUCUAACUAUUCGUCGUCGACACUCCACCCCACCACACCCCUACCCCUCCCCGCCGCUGACGCUCCAUCCCCACCACUGCCUGUCCUCCGUCGCCGCCGUUGCUGUCCGCCGCCACUAAAGGCUGUGGGAGCAUCAAGAGCUACUGGAGGAGAAUACCCUGAGAGAGUCGGUCAAUCUGUUUGCCAGGGAUGUCGAGGGGGUUUACAUUUUAGCGAUGUACUUGUACUAAAUCUUGAGGCAAUGGCUUGGAGCAUCCUUGUGACAACAGGGCAAGGACCGGGGCCAAGAGAUAGCCACAGUGCUGUUCUUGCUGGCCACAGAAUGGUAGUAUUUGGGGGUACAAAUGGCUUAAGGAAGCUGGAUGUUGUUGGACGAUCACCUGGUGCUCGAGCCGGUCAUGCCUCUGUGAAUUUUGGGUCGAAGGUAUAUGUGAUUGGUGGAGUUGGAGACAAGAAAUACUACAAUGAUGUUUGGGUUCUUGAUGUGAUAAAUUCAUCAUGGACGCAGCUUGAUGUAAUGGGCCAAAAACCACAGGGACGAUUUUCUCAUACUGCUGCUGCUCGGAACACGGAUAUUGUAAUCUAUGGAGGUUGUGGUGAGGAUGAGCGGCCACUUAAUGAGUUAGUUAUCUUGCAGUUUGGAGUAGAAUAUCCUAAUGGCACUAGCACCUUUUCUGGUUGCAGAGCUUAUGGAAAUACAAGUCAUUAUGAUAAGAAAAGGUUCCUGGGAGAAAAAAACAAUAGCUCGGUACAAUAGAUGAAAACUUGGUUCUUUUUUCGUGAAUAUUAACAAUUUGAGAUUUAGGUCACAGCCCAGUAGAUGACGUAGGUCACAAGACAACAUAGUUCAUGCUCUUGUUGAUGAGGAUAGUAGGGCAGAAUCGGAUCAUGUCUCUAACACCCAACGUUGACUUUUUUGAUUCGUAUACUUUUGGAUUGUAAUAUUGCUAUGUUUUCUUGGAUAUGUAAAUUUUUUUUUAUGAUAGUUUUAAUUCGAAUUAGAUGUACUUUUGAAGGUGAAUUUGAUUGUAGGAACUAGUUUAUGGAUGUUUUAACUUUACAAUGUUCAAGUGUUUGAAUGUAGUUUUAAGGAUAUUUAGAAGUACUUUAAAUUGAAACUUGAGGUUGAAUUUGAUUUUAGAAUGUGAAGUUUAUGAUUGUAGAAGUACUUUGAUGAAUUGGACGUGUUGAUGAAUUGCAUCGUUGAUUUGGUUGA